GAACUAACGAACGGCAUGUAACGUUCCUUAUAAAUUUAUUGAAAAAUAUAAUGAAAAGACUGAAAAUAUGAGUUUUAAUUUCAUAUAGACUUUAUGUGGAUACCUUUUAACUUAAGCCUUAUAAGUAUACCGUUACUGAGAUGGAUCUAAAAACCCUUUUGAGGAACAAAGUCAACAAGAUGAGAGAUAAAAACGCAAUUCCUUCAAAAGAUGUUCAAAUUAAACUUGAGGAGGAAUAUUUUGAAAAAUAUUCCAAAGAGUUUGGGCUCAAAUGUAAUGUGCAAACCCUGAAAAUUCCCCGUUUUUAUAAAAGGAUUCCUAAUGAAAAUGAACCUUUAAGGCAACAUCUGCGUGAGGAAAGUGCGUCUCAUCUUUUGAAAAGAAGAAGCCAGCAGCUUCUCGAUAACAAUGAGUUGAAGGAACUUUGGGUACUUUUGGAUCAAAAUCAGAGUUUUCCUGAGGAUCAACUUUUAACCUAUUCGGAUUUCAAAAAAAUUGCUUCUUUGGCUAAUCCUAAAGUGCAACCUUAUUUUACAUCAAGUGUUUUUGCCAAAUUACAACAGGGAGAUGCUCAAGGAAGAAUUUUUACUAUGUCAUUGUUCAAUUAUGUGAUGAGAAAAGUUUGGCUAGAACAAACAAGGAUUGGUCUGUGUUUAUAUGAUUCCUCAGGCCAAGGGUUUCUAACUGAAAUGGAUUUAGAGAAUUAUAUUACAGAUUUGUUACCUACAGUACCCCAACUAGAAGGAUUAGAAAAAUCAUUCCAUAGUUUUUAUGUUUGUACUGCAGUUAGGAAAUUUUUGUUCUUCUUAGAUUCUGUUGGUUCGGGACGUGUUAGAAUACUUGAUAUAUUGUCAUGUUCCUUCUUAGAUGAUUUGCUUGAAUUAAGAGAUGAGAAUCUAAGUAAAGAGUCAUUAGAGCAAAAUUGGUUCAGUGCAUCUUCAGCCUUAAGAAUUUAUGGACAUUACUUGAACUUAGAUAGAAACCACAAUGGAAUGCUUAGCAAAUCUGAGUUGGCAAGCUAUGGUUCAGGAACCUUAACACAGCCUUUUCUAGAUCGUGUUUUUCAAACAUGUCUUACAUAUGGUGGUGAAAUGGAUUAUAAAACCUAUCUAGACUUAGUUUUAGCCUUAGAGAAUCGUUCAGAGCCUCAGGCUAUAUCAUUUUUAUUUAAAAUUAUUGAUAUUAGGGACCAGAAGUAUUUAGAUGCAUUCACAUUGAACUAUUUCUUCAGGGCUAUUCAAGAUCAAAUGAAAGCACACGGAGCUGAGCCUGUUUCAUUCGAUGAUGUUAAAGAUGAGCUUUUUGAUAUGGUUAGACCAAAACACCCAGAGAAAAUUACUUUAGAUGACUUGCUUGCAUGUGGACAAGGUGAUACAUUCAUCAGUAUUUUGAUUGAGUUUCAUGGUUUUUGGGCAUAUGAGAAUCGUGAAGCUGUUACAGCCGAACCAGCGCAAGACUAGUCUGGUGCUUUUCUUUGGCAAUAAGAUUUUUUCAGUAAUUGCUGAUGUUUCUUUAUGGCUGUUUUUAAAAAUAAAUUUUACAUUGAUAAAUCA